UAUGCAAACGAUAAAAAAGAAAAAAAAGAGAAAGAGAAAAAAAACAAUCUCAUCAGGAAAAUAUAAAAAUAGUUAUUUUUACAUUUGUUAGAUAAAGUAUUCAUCUAAAGUGCUGCUAUUAAAUUCUUUGUGGUAUUGUAAAAAAAAAAAAGAAAAAGAAAAAACGUUAUAUCAAAGUAAGAUUUCUCGUUCAUGAUCAAGCUGCAGCUUGGUGGCGACUCUUAAGUAACGUACCGUCAUGGCGACAUUACCGCCACGAAAAAAUCCAACCGCGACGAAAAUUUCGAAGCAACAGUUGACUCCUUUACAAACACUUUUACAACUUGGAUUUCCGAAACAUCGAGCGGAAAAAGCAUUAGCUGCUACUGGACAUCGUGGUGUUCAGCUUGCAUCUGACUGGUUACUUGCCCAUGUCAGAGAUCCGACUCUAGAUUUUAUUACACACAGACAAUAUGUCUUAUAUGCUUGUCCUACAGGAGCAUUGGCAGAACGUCUUUUAACAUUUUGGGCAGAAAGCAAAGAAUUAGGUUGGAAUGGGGCACAUAACUUUAUACCACAUAUUACACUUGUAUCUUUUUUUCAAGCAUCAGAUGAAUUAACUCCAGAACUUGUAAGUUCUCUUGAAAAUAUCAUCGACUUAGAUGAACUUUGCGAUCGUAUUGAUUUGGAAACAUAUGUUUCGCCCAACUUUAUGGGACUUUUCGUCAAAGAUGCAGACACUAAAUGGCUUACAAAAAUUUCUACCAAUUAUGUUGAUAAAUUAACAAGUUUAGGUAUUACUGCCAAACCUCAAGUAAAAUCAUUGCAUCUCACAUUGGCUUAUCAGUUUCCUAGCAAUUUAUUUCAACCUCUCCGUUUGAUGGUUGAAAAGUUGGGACCAACUACACCGGACAAUUGGGAACUUAGAUUAUAUUCUAGAGAUACUAGGUUACAAAAUUCUCAUGUCCAUAAAGUUAUACACGCGUAUACAUCUAAAGAACAUGAUGACUUAGAAUUAAGAGUAGGAGAUUAUGUUUAUAUACCAGAAGGAGCAUGUAAUGCUUCUACCGAUGGAUGGGUCGAAGGUACUUCCUGGUUAACAGGAACUUCAGGUCAUUUACCUUUAAAUCAUACAAAACGAACAGCUGAAUCAGAUUCAUGGACACUGCAUACUACUAUACAAAUUAAUAAUAAGAAAAGUGAAACCGUGGAAGAAGAGGCAAUGCCAAAAACAAGAAAACAACAACCAUCAUUGUUAUCUACUGAAGAUUCUAUAGAUACACCAGAUGGAAUAGAAAUAAAUAAAGAAUCAAUAGAGGAGGCCUCUUCAUCACCUAUAGUUUCUGCAAGACAGAUCUUCAUAUGUCGUCAUGGGGAGAGAGUAGAUUUUACAUUUGGUGCAUGGAUCCCAUAUUGCUUUGAAGAAAAUGGUUGUUAUGUACGUAGAGACCUAAAUAUGCCAAAGGAGAUACCACUAAGGAAUAUACGAGACUUUCAAAACGAUAGUCCUUUAACGACAGUUGGAGAAGUACAAGCAGGAUUGGUUGGUGAAGCAAUGAAAUCAUCUAACAUAAAAAUAGAUGUUGCUUUUACUUCGCCAUCUCUCAGAUGUGUUCAAACGCUUGCUCAUAUUUUAAAAGGUUUAGAUUUAGAUAUACCCAUGAAAAUAGAACCAGGUUUAAUAGAAUGGUUAGCAUGGUAUCCAAACGGUAUACCUGUCUGGAUGACUUCUGAAGAAUUAAUUAAUGCAGGUUUUAAUGUGGAUAAAAAUUAUAGCGAAAUAAUUCAAGCAAAGGAUCUUCCAUUAAAAGAAAAUGCAGCACAGUAUUAUGAAAGAAGCUAUGAUUUAAUUAAACGGAUAAUUGAAAGUACGGUAGGUAACAUUCUCAUAGUAGCUCAUGCUGCUUCUUUAGCAGCUUGUACUAAACAACUGACUGGUGGUCAGAUACCACCAGCAGCAGAAGUAACGAAAUUAGUUCAACGAGUACCAUACUUGGCAUGUUUAGCCGCUCGUGAAGAAUUGAAUGGGUGGCAACUUCACCCACCUCCUUUUCCUCCUAUCACGCAUACUAGUAAUAGUAGAUUUGACUGGAAGGUCUUAAUGUAAAAAAUAUAAAAAAAUAUUGAACAAUUGAAUUAACCUUUGAAACAUAAUAGAAUCGCAAUCAUAAAAGACUGUCAUGAUACAAUGAAUUUUAUAUAAGAGAAUAGUUGAUAUUGAAAUUAUCGAGAUCAAGAACGGACAUAAGCAGUCUUGCUUCAAAACAUAUAAUACAAAACAUAUGAUAUUUUCUUGUUUAGUAAUUAAGAACAUU